UUCUCUCACCAUUAAACCCUGGCUUUCUAAGAUCCUUUUAUUUACUUAAUAAAAUGUCGGACAGCAGCCUAGAUGACUUCUUUGAGGAGGGGAGUGAAGAUUCUGAGAAAUAUAGUGAAGAUUGUUCCUGCAAAUCGGGUGAAGAAGAGCAGGCAGCGUCUAAAGAUGACAGCGAGCCUUACAACAGCGCGAGUGAGAGCGAGAAUGAAUCGCCCCGAAAUUCAUGGAGUGAAAACACGGUUGACAGUGUCAGUGAAGAUGCAGAAAAUGAAACUGAUAUGGAUAACGAAAAGAAAAAGAAAAGCGACGCGGAAGAUAGUAGCAAACAGUACCCCGAUGACGCCAGCAGAAGUGACGACCUUGAGCAUCUGCAAAUGUCUCAGAGCAACGUCUCAUCGUCUUCUUCUUCUUCGCCUUCUAAAGGCUCAAGAAUCCGGCCGCAGUCUGGCCGGAGCCCGAUGAAGGUCCUCAUCAGCGCAGUGCAGGGCCCGCCCUCGACCUCGGACGAGCCUCUGAGAGACAGCUCGAGCUCUGCGCCCCGCAGAGACACUUCGAGCUUGAGCUCCAACAACCUGAGCCCCGCCAAGAGCGAGCCUCCAUGCGCCUCCCCGCUCCUGGUGAGGAAGAGCCCGAUACACGUCGCCGUUCGGUCGCGCGACGCCUCCCCGAGAGCCCAGGAAUCGGCAGCACCACAGGCGAGGGACCUGCAGCUCUCCACAAGCUCCAAGGGGAUCAACAACGUCCUCAGCAGCAAAGAACAAACGAGCAGGGGGUCUUCCGGCGCUUCUCCCGCGAGUCGGCCCCGCUCCGCCGCGGCUCGACCGAGGAUCAUGGACCGGGAAUCUCCCUUACACAAGCUUCCACGCCAUCUCCCUCUCGGGAAUUACGCACGCAGUCUAAAGAUGCUUGGGGUGAAGAUGCCCUCGCCUACUCACAAGGCAUCAAGGACCCCGAGGUCAGUGUCCUCGCAGUCGUGGCAGAGCGAAGGGAAGCUGCACACGCGCGUGACCCGCCGCUCGACCUCGCUGGAGGACGUGAGCCGCGCCAUCCCGCAGGUCAAGAACCCGGCCUCACUCAGCGCCCUCACUGUCGACGAGGUCCAGCGUGCCACCCUCAGCCAGGCCGUCUACGAGGAGUGGUACUUCAAAAGGUGUCGCCAGAUCAGGUCGCAGAGGGUCAAGGCCAAAGACAAGCAGAAGGAAGAGGAGAGGAAGAAAGAGGUGAAAAACAAAGAAAAGGAGGAGAAAGUGACCGUUGCAGUGGGCGAAUGGGAAGAGAAGAAACUCGAACAGAAGAAGAAGGAGCGAGAGAAGAAAAAAACGGAAGCUCAGAAGGCAGCGGAAAAGGAGAAGGAACAGCAAGAGAAACAGUUGCGAAUAGCGGCCGCCAUCGAGGCUUGGGAGAAGGAGAAGAUCGCGCUGGCCAAGGAAAGGCGAGAGAAGAAGAGGGCGGAGAAGGAACGGAAGGUGGAAAAGGCGCGGGAACAGCUGACCAAGAGAGAGGAGGCGGAAGUGGUAUUCAAAUCCUGGAAGGAACAGAAGAAAAUCGAAGAAACAGAAAAGCGAAGGAGAGCAAAACAAGAAGAAGCAGAACGGAAGAUGAAAGAAGAACAAGAGAAGUUGGAGAAAAGGCAGUAUGCGGAUAUGUCUUUCGCUGCCUGGAAGAAAAUGAAAAUGGCAGAACAAGGAGAAAAUCUUCAGAAGGUUUACCAAGAUUCCGAGGGCGCGAAGUCUAUGAUGUUGCGGCGCCAGCUGGAGCGCUCGUCGGAGGCGCUGGAGGCGUACGAGCGCUGGCUGGAGGAGGUGGAGGACCGACGGCCCGCGCGGAUCUACGAGAAUGCGCGCUCUUCGGUCUUGGUUCGCGCGCGCUCUCCCUGGUGGCCCGGCGGUUCCAGGAACUCUCUCCUUGGUUGCUGAAUGCUCGAAUAAACAAAUGCAGAUACACACACAGAUACAAGCAGCUAUAAAUAUACAGACACCCACCCACCCACCCUCACACACACACACACACACACACACACACACACACACACACACACACACACACACACACACACACACACACACACACACACACACACACACACACUCACUCAUAAUCGUACACAUAAUUUACUCAUUAUUUUCUACUUACUGGCUGUUUUAGGUGUAGUUUGUUGUGUUUUGAAUUGUUUUGUGUACUAUUAAUACUCGGACUGUGUAGCACGGAUAGCUCUCCUGAAUUGCUCAGACCCCAUUCUAAAUACAUGCGAAAACCAGCCUUUAAUCACAAAUGUAGAAUGUCUAUUGCGCUCAGGUAAAAAGCACUGUAAACGUCGCAACUCUAGAUGGAAUCUCCACUCGCAAAAGGAUGUGAAUGUGGGCUGUGUCGAGGUCUUAGGGGUACUUUCCUCGGCCUCGAUGGGAUGUAGAAUCAAGCUGAAUACUUUGCCACAUUGUCGUGCAGGUAUUUUUUUGUUAUAUAAUUUAAUCAGAGAUGCACUUCUAAGCUGAAUGCUUAUUUGUUCAGAUCGUAUAAACCGAAAUGUACAAACGCACACUUAAGUAUCACAAAUCGCAAAAAGGUGUCUUCCCCAAAAAUAUAUAUGCAAGAUUAUGAUAAUAAAGUGUGAAUC